CAUAUUACGAGCAAGAGUGGACUCAUUUACGGUCGUAAUUACUUAAAUACUGGCAGUAAUUGGGUAAUUACGACCGUAAUUACCUUCCUUAAAGUAUAGUGAAACGCGCGUUUUGGGUGAAUUACGGGCAAACCAUGAUUACGACCGUAAUUCAGCCCGUAUUUCACCCAGAAUCGGGUUUUUGAGGCAGAUUCGAGCCAAAGGAGAGGGAGUCGACUUUUUGGAGCAAAAACAGAGUUUUAGAGAGAGAAAGUGCGAAGAACAAACCCUAAAAGCUAUUUGGAGUGGAUUUCUCACCAUUGAAGCCCAUAUUGCAUCUCCAGGAGUGAAGAUCAUCAUCCCGGAGCAGAUUAUCCUCAUAUUUAUGAGUAUGACUACUCUGAUUACUAUUUUCCUCUCUCUCUCUCUAUGGAGUAGAACUUUCUCUCACUUGGGUAUGAAGAACCCUAGUUCCAUGUGUUAGGAAUCUUGAUUGUAAUGACUUGGGAUUGUUAUACUGUUUGAUUUUAAUUGAUUGAUGCAUGAUUCAUUGAGUCAAUUGAAGUCUGAUAAUCUUUUCUUGACUUCUGCUGCAACCUGAGAUAGAUAGAAUCUGAUUAGGUUGUUAGAGCCUCAUUAAUCAGUAGUAGUAGAUUGGUUAUACGAGAGUUAACCGAUUUACUGCUUUGUACUGGAAUCCAAUUCCAGUAAUGGAGUUUUGUGUUCAUAGCCUCAGCUUUCUACCCCGGUGAAGACUAGUCGUCUGCCGGGUAGUUGGAGUGAGGGCUAUGUCAGCUUAAGAGAUUCCAAGAUACUGUCGAAUCUUCCGCAGUUUAAUCAACAGUUAAUCAACCCAGGGUAAUUACAAUUGUGACCUAAAUAAGGAGCUAGGGGGAUUCAUUCCCGAGUGACUCUUCCCUUUCUAAAGAACUUCGAACCAUUUCCUGCUUUCUUACUGCUUUUAGUUAAAAUCACAAUCACUCGACUUAGUUUGCUAGAUAAUAAAUAAUCACGGAGUAGGUAGUAGAUCUAGACCCCGGGUUGAUAAAUAGAACUUGCCACUAUUCUGCAUUUUCUGACUGCGAUUACACUUGGUCGCAGUUUGGUGUUGUGUUUUAGCGUGUCAAGUUUUUGGCGCCGUUGCCGGGGACCCUAGGUUAUUGUAGAAACGUGAAAGUCUGUUACUUUAGCAUUUUUAUUUACUUUUCCACCCUUGCUUUUCACUUGCGUGUUAUAUUUUUUUUGGGUGUAGAUCUGAAACAUGGAUCCUCUUGGCUUCUCCAACCAUUGGGGGUAUCAACCACCAUCCGGGUGGUAUUACCCCCAGACUUCCUAGAGCACCCAAGGAGGAGAAGACUAUGGAUUUGGGUUUCCGUACCAACCCCCUUACUACGAAGAACUAUCAGACCCUUGGGUAUUUUAAGAGCAAUCUCAUUAUCAAGAAGAAUUCCUCCCAAAACUAGAAGGGACAUUAGAUCUUAAUUUAGCCACAACCUUCACGGGCCAUCCGGCAGAGCCAUGCUACACUCCACAGCCAGAUCCAAACUAUCACUUGAGGCUUCUCGUGGAGCAGAUUGCUAGAGUACCUGAGAGAUCCUCUCCCGAGAUGGAUCCUCAUAUCCAGGCCAUGGCCCAAACUGACUUCUCUUUUCCCCGUGAAACAGAGGAUACCCUUCGUAGCAUAAAGAAUCAUAUAGAGGUCAUUGAGAAAGCUUGUGCACAGCUUUCUCAAGACAACCUUUAUGCUGCCAUACAAGUAGAGGAAGAGGAAGAAAAAGGCAAUCAUGAGGAUGUUGAGGAGCAUACAGAUGUUGUCACUAAAAGCUCCCAUGAUAAUCAUGAUCAAAUGAAUCCUCUGGUGGUAGAUCACAACUAUCAUCAUUUCCGCUCUGAUAUGCUGGGCCUGAGCGAGGAGAUGCAAGAUGAUCUCAUUGAAGAAAUUACAUGGCGACUUGCUCUCCAAUCUGUGCUAGAAGAAGAAGAGCUAGAGAGGGUGAGGGAAGAAGUUGUGGAGGAUGAGGAAGAAAGCAAAGAAGAGGAAGUUCUUGAUCUUUUUCAAGGGGAGAGAACACAUUCUGAUGAAGGAAGGGGGGUUAAAGAAGCAAGUGGUGUCCAGGCUGAGGAAGAAGUUGAGGUCGAAGAGGCAUGCACCGGCCAUGAGUUACAUGUGAUAUCUCCACCAAACUUCGAGGAGCUGCUUGGCAAGGACCCAUUUGCAGUGUCUCUUUGCCAGACCAAGAGCACAUCAAUAUCGAUCCCUCUUGGUGGAUGCCAUGGUGGUCAAUCGAAUAUAUCUUAUCUGGUUUGGGGCAAUGAGACAAGAGCAGACGCGAAGGAGAGGUCUCGAGAGGGGAGAUUUCAUCUUCCUCAAGGCCACGAGCCAUCUUCAUCACCUAUCACAUCACCUGCUUGUGACUUGAGACUCCACAUCAUCGAUGAGAACCUCAAGUUCAAGGAGCAUCUGGUGUUGACCAAAACUUAGGACCCACCGUCCAGCUAAAGACGUAAAAGAAGCGCUUGUGGGGAGGCAACGCCAACAAGGUUUGUUUUUCUUUCGUUUGUUUUUCGGUUUGUCUACUUGGAACUAUUGUUUUUAUCACCCAAUGUGUUUUGAUGACUCUAGCCCUGCUGACUGAUCCCAUUUCCAGUCCUCCGACAGUCCAUAUUCCCGGUAACAUCGUUUCCCCUUGUCUUUCCCUCUACUCCAUUGAGGGCAAUGUCGUGCUCAAGUGUGUGUGUGUGGGGGGGGGGGUGUUUAUCUGUUGUUGACUGCUAGAUGAGUCUGUGUACUUGGAGCCUAGUCCGCUGUCCAAAUCUCGAGAUUUGAGGGCUCCAAGUACAGAUGUUUGCAUGAUCAUAUUGGCACUGUGGGUUUAAUUGGUGAAUCGAAUGGCUUUCGAAUUACUGCAUGACAACUGGAUUGUGACUAGGACGACCAAUAAUGAUGACUGAGACGUGUAGUAGAAUUGUGUAGGAGUUCAGUUUUUUAACUGUUUGCUUACCAACUGUGACUUGGAUUUAUCACUUGUUCUUGACAGUCGUUUAUGCAUCUAGUUCAGGGAAUCAGAAUGAGAGAUAGAGCAUAUAGGUAGCUGAUAGACCGUUAAUUACACAUGUUUUUACCCCUGUUCUUACACCGUUUGAGAUGUGAUUUCUCGUGUUUUAGGCCGAUUUCACGCUAGGUUGUGCUUGUUUGUGAUAUUUCAGGUCCUAGUACGUGAAUGGAGGCUUGGGAGCGAGUUUGGGGUCGAUAGGACGAAGAUCGGGCGCGAGGCAAGUAAAAAAGGAGGCCACACGGGCACACCCACAACUCACACGGUCGUGCAACUCAUAUUUGUGGCCGUGUGAAGGAGUGGCCUGGCCGUGCGAGUUUCGCCGAGAGCAAACACGGGCAGAUGGAAAUCAAACACGACCGUGCGACCCUGGCCGUGUGAGAAGCCUGAAGAUCGAACUAAUUGGAACGCAGCGUUUUGACUCACACGGGCAACUGGGUAGGCCACACGGCCGUGUGGCCCUGGCCGUGUGAGUCUGGAAUUCCUGGUUUUAACCCAAUUCCGGGCUGCAAGAGAGAGGAUCGGACUUUUUGAGCAAAAAUAGAGUUCUAGAGAGAGAAAGGACGAAGAACACAUCCUAGAAGCUAUCUUGGAGCUGGGUUUCAUCAAAUCAAGCUUGGAGAUCGUCAUAGGAGUGGAAAUCAUCAUCCCAGAGCAGAUUCUUCCCAUUGUAAUGAGUAUGACUGCUUUGUAUCUUGUUUUCCUCUCUCUCUCUAUGGAGUAGAACCCCUCUCUCACUUGGGGAUGAAGAACCCUAGUUCUAUGUGUUAGGGAUUGAUUGUAAUGACUUGGGAUGAGAUUACUUUUUGAUUUUAAUCGAAUGAUACAUGUUUAUUGAGUCAAUUGAAGUCUGAUCAACUUUUCCUAAUUCCUGCUGCAAUCUGAGAUAGAUAGAAUCUGAUUAGGUUGCUAGAGUCUCAUCAUUCGAUAGUAGGAGAUUGGCUAUACGAGAGUUAGCCAGUUUACUGCUUUGUACUGGAAUCCAAUUCCAGUAGUGGAGUUCUGUUCUUACUGCUUCAGCUUUCUAUCCCGGUGAAGACUAGUCGUCUGCCGGGUAGUUAGACUGAGAGGGCUUGGUCAGCUUAAGAGAUUCCAAGCUACUGUCGGAUCUUCCGCAGUCUAAUCAACAGUAAAUCAACCCAGGGAAAUUGCGAUUGAACCUAACUAAGGAGCUAUGGGGACUCAUUCCCGAGUGACUCAUUCCUGCUUGAGAAAACCGAAUAAUUUCCUGCUUUCUUUCUGCUUUUGCUUUUAAACAACAAUCACUUACUUUAGUUGGCUAGAUAAUAGAGAAUCACUGAGUAA